GGACGGACGGACGGACGGACGGCCGAGCGGCCGAGCGAGCGCGCACUCGACGCGCCCGGACGCAGCUCGCCCGGCGGCGGCGGCGAUCACCGGCCGGUCCGGCAGCGGCGGCCCGCCCUCGCCCGCGCCCCAUGGGGUCACAGGGUCUGUAGAAGAGGCGGCGCCCGGGCUCCCCGAUGAACAACCGGAAGGAAGAUAUGGAAAUCGCGUCCCACUACCGGCACCUGCUGCGCGAGCUGGACGAGCAGAGGCAGCACGGCGUGCUGUGUGACGCCUGCGUGGUCGUGGAGGGCAAGGUCUUCAAGGCGCACAAGAACGUGCUGCUGGGGAGCAGCCGCUACUUCAAGACGCUGUACUGCCAGGUGCAGAAGACCUCGGACCAGGCCACCGUCACGCACCUGGACAUCGUCACGGCGCAGGGCUUCAAGGCCAUCAUCGACUUCAUGUACUCGGCCCACCUGGCGCUCACCAGCAGGAACGUCAUCGAGGUGAUGUCGGCCGCCAGCUUCCUGCAGAUGACGGACAUCGUGCAGGCCUGCCACGACUUCAUCAAGGCCGCGCUGGACAUCAGCAUCAAGUCGGACGCCUCCGAGGAGCUGGCCGAGUUCGAGGUGGGCGCGGCGGCCGGCGGCAGCACGGAGGCGCUCAUCUCCGCGGUGAUGGCGGGCAGGAGCAUCUCGCCCUGGCUGGCGCGGCGCACCAGCCCCGCCAACUCCUCCGGGGACUCGGCCAUCGCCAGCUGCCACGAGGGCGGGAGCAGCUACGGCAAGGAGGACCAGGAGCCCAAGGCCGAGGGCCCCGAGGACGCGGCCUCGCAGCCGCUGUGGCCCGGCGACCUGGGCUACGGGCCCCUGCGCAUCAAGGAAGAGCAGGUCUCGCCGGCGCCGUACGGGGGCGGCGAGCUCCCGCCCGCCAAGGACGGGGCCGCGCAGAACUCCUUCUCGGAGCAGGGUGCCGGGGACGGCUGGCAGCCCACGGGCCGCAGGAAGAACCGGAAAAACAAGGAGACGGUGCGGCACAUCACACAGCAGGUGGAGGCCGACAGCCGGGCCAGCUCCCCGGGCUGCGCCUUUCUCCCCGCAUCCGGGUGGCCCUUCGGCGGGCGAGACUCAAGUGCGGACCUGGCCCUCGCGGAAGCCGGCGGCUCGGACAGCCGCGGGGAGCGGGCGGAGCUGUUCGCGCACGUGGAGGACGGCCUGCUGGGCGGGGAAGCCGGCUACCUGGGCCCGCCCCUCACCCCCGAGAAGGACGACGCGCUGCACCAGGCGACCGCGGUGGCCAACCUGCGCGCGGCGCUCAUGAGCAAGAACAGCCUGCUGUCCCUCAAGGCGGACGUGCUGGGGGACGACGGCUCCCUGCUGUUCGAGUACCUGCCCAAGGGCGCCCACGCGCUGUCCCUGAACGAGUUCACGGUGAUCAGGAAGAAGUUCAAGUGCCCGUACUGCAGCUUCUCCGCCAUGCACCAGUGCAUCCUGAAGCGGCACAUGCGCUCGCACACGGGAGAGCGGCCCUACCCCUGCGAGAUCUGCGGGAAGAAGUUCACGCGGCGGGAGCACAUGAAGCGUCACACGCUGGUGCACAGCAAGGACAAGAAGUACGUGUGCAAGGUGUGCAGCCGCGUGUUCAUGUCCGCCGCCAGCGUGGGCAUCCGGCACGGCUCCCGGCGCCACGGCGUGUGCGCUGACUGCGCCGGCCGCGGCAUGGCCGGGCCCCAGGACCACGGCGGCGGGGGCGGCGACGGCUCCCCGGAGGCGCUGUUCCCGGGCGACGGGCCCUACCUGGAGGACCCCGAGGACCCGCGCGGCGACGCGGAGGAGCUCGGUGAGGACGGCGAGGGCCUGGCCCCCGAGGACGCGCUGCUGGGGGACAAGGACGAGGACGACUCCCCGCAGCCCCGCAGCCCCGCGGGUGGCGACAAGGACUUCACCUGGCUCUCCUAGACCCGCCCCGCGGGCGGGGCGGUGGCCGCAUCACUCUGUCCGCCUGCGCGUGCGUCUCCACGGGCCUCCACUGCGGGGGUCUGCGCCGACCCCUCCCGUGGCCCCGGACGGAAGCCAGCCCCGUGGUAGGACGCAGGUUGGACCCGUCGCGUGGGGAGCCUGGGGGGACACGGCGAAGCCAGUCAGGGGCACGGGCUGGGUUUGAGCACGGGCGGUGCGGGCUGAGGCCCCAGCAGGUGGUGAGAGCCUGUGGGUGCCCAGCCAGUGUGGACGCCUCCUCCGUGGCCUCCAAGGAGCCCCUGUGGCCGGCCUGGCUUGGAGGCACGAUGGCCCACGGCCAGGUGGCGAGUGCCGCCCAGGGGCCACAUGUCUGCGUAGGUGCUGAGAGCUUUGCAUACGCCUGGCCCCCCGCUCAGGCCCACCCUCGCCCUCCCCUCUGCCCACCCGACCCCUCCCCUCAGCACCACGUCACUGCCCGUGGCUGCAGCCGUGGCCCGUUCCCUCGUUGGCACCAGGGGCCCCGUGGCAGCCUGUAGAAUCCAGGUCCGGUGCACAGAGGCCCUGUGACCCUCUUACCUCUGGGCUUUGGUGCUUACACACAACACGCUGCAGGACCCGCUGGGGGCCAGGGGCGCCAGGUGCUAUCUUGGGGGGGGCUGGCCUUGGUGGGGUCUGGCCCGGCCCCUGCAGCCUCUCCAGGCCACGCCGGGUUCUCUCUGCACCCGCGGCCCUGCGUGCCAGGAGGACCUCGGGCGCCCUGUCCACCCCGGGCCUGCCGUCUGCUGUGCCCAGCCUGGCCGCUCCGGCUGUCCUGCUGGGACAGGCUGGCGCUGGCUCCUGCCUUUGUUGCUGCUAACGCUGGAGGGGGGUGUCCCCAACUGCAGCGUGCUGCUCACACCCCCCCGCGUGGGUAACCAAAUUUCUAAGUAGUCAGAGACAUAUUGAGGUAGUCACAUAAAGUUAUUUUGUUUGGCAUUAUUUUUCUCACUCCACAAAACUAUAUGGGGUUGGUUUUCCUUUAACUUGUGGUCAAGUCCUCUUGCUGUAUUUCCAAGGAGCCCGCCGCACACGCUCUCUUUUUCUGAGCGAAAAGCAAAGGUCCCGCCGGUGCCCUGCAGCACGGCCCUGCUAAGACAUUCCAUCCCUGCCGCCUCCCUGCCUCCCUCCGGAGC